CACUGACGACAUUUACAAUUUAUAAUAAGCGGCACAUUACGUCUUGACAACCAUUUUUGAACACUGUGUAUUUCUUAAUUCCUCCCUAUAUUGACGACUACCAGUAUACAUUUUUAAUGUUUAGUAAUUAGAAAAACUUUAAUCGCACUUGACGUAAACACUCCCAUAAAAAAUUACUUCAUUACAUUACCACCCAAUCAAUAUCCUCAAUUUAACCAUGUCGGCCAAACUACUAACAUUGCUCCUCAAAAUUGGUAAAUUUUUCGUAAUCACACCAUCCAGACCCGACCAAACCCACCAAACCAUUUACCAAAAAAUUUGGGCAUUGAUUGUCUUCUUAUUUUUGACACUUUGCACCAUUUUCUGGUUCAUUAAUCGAAUUUCAAGGUACGCAAAAUACGUCCACAUUAAAUUAGUGAUGCGUAUAUUGCGCCACAUUUUAAAAUACUGUCUUUGCUCGUACGCUAUCAUCGGAGCCAGUUUUUUCAACAGCAAACCCUGGUGCAAACUUUUAAGCAAAUUGCAAGACGUUGAAGAGAGCAGAUUUUUCUACGUUGAAUUUCUAAUCACAAAUGCGGUUUUUUGGCUUGUUUCCCUUUUCUCUACUUAUUCUUAUUUCGGGUUCUCCUUGUUCAAACGUUUCGAAAUUGUGGUCACUUCGUUGGUUCAGUCGUAUGUUAUGUUUUACUACAAUUAUCUUAUUUAUGCCAUUCUCAAAAUUAUUCGCGCUAAGUACAAAGACUUGAACAAAGCUUUGAAAAAGGGCGUUAUUUCUUCGAAACAGAUCGAGACGAGUUUGUUUAAUUUGAAGGAAAUUGUCGAUACGUUCAACAAAAUUUUCGGGUGGCCGCUACUUUUUAUUAUUUUCACCUCAAGUAUCAUUUUCCUGGAUUACACUGACGAGUUCUUCAAUGGGAAAAUCUUCGCAUUGGAAGGCCGCAAGUUUGGAAUGGCGCUAGGGAGUUACGUUAGCAUGGCCUUGUUAACUUCAUAUGGAGCUAUAGUUGUGAUCUUGUUGUGUGACUACAUUGGGGAAGAAAUGACCAAAGUGGAGGAGCGUUUGUUCAAAUUAAAACGUGCCUCAAGUGAGAAGGAAAUCAGUUCGAUUCUAGUUAACGUACGGUACACUUUCCCAAAAUUUUCAGCUGCUGGGUUUUUCGUGAUUGGAAAAUCGACGAUUUUGACCGUUCUGGGGACAGUUGUUACGUUUCUUGUCAUUAUGGUGCAGUUUAAGGAAAAUAAAUAAACACCAUUACCUAAUUGUUGUCCAAUCAAUAAUCAAUACCAACAUUUUCAAGCUAAUAAAUUAUGAUA